AUCUCUUCCAUUGAUUCAUAGCCUCGCGCCUCUAGACUCGAUAUCGCGCAAGGAGCAAAUCUGUCACUCGUGACCACUAUGUACAGCUGAAGUUGCGCGCCCUCAUCGACACCCUGGCGAACUCACGACGGCUCAAGGUCUUCUUAGUCGCGCUCCUCCUCUUCCUCUGCAUCUCCGCCAUCCUGGCUUCCGCUCGAUUUGGAGGUCGUCUCACAUCUCUUCUUGCCCACGUCAAGCCCACCAGAAUACCCCCGCUCUCAUCUGUGCCCGAGCGCCCUCUUGCAACCUCAAGUAUGGCCCCCGCCAAGUAUCAGAAGCCGCCCCAGGCUCCGCCCAAGUUCACCGCAACCGAGUCAUCGUUGAUCGAGGACACCAAACGCCUGAUAGCCAGAUCUCGGGGCGUUCAAGAUGCCAUCGUCAGAGAUGUUACGCCUGAAACAGCCACCUUCGCCAAAGUUACACUUCCAAUGGCCCGUGACGACAACAAGAUGGCUAUCGAGUCGCAUAUAAUCGGGUUCUACCAAGCUGUCUCGACAGAUCAGAAGCUGCGCGACGCGUCCACUGAAGCUGAGAGGCUACUUGACGAUUUCGGAAUCGAGUCGAGCAUGCGUGAAGACGUUUACAAAUUGGUGGAUGCUGCAUUCAAGGCUGGGGAGUCGUUGGACCCGGAAUCGAAGCGGCUGCUGGAGAAAGAUCACAAGAGCUAUAUUCGGAACGGACUAGGGGUACCCGCCGGUCCUAAACGGGACCGCUUCAAGGAGAUCAAAAAGAGGCUGAGUGAAAUCAGCAUCGGAUUCCAAAAAAACCUCAAUGAAGAGAAUGGCGGGCUCUGGUUUAGCCCCGAGGAACUGGACGGCGUGCCCGAGGAUGUUCUCGUCUCGUUGGAGAAGGGCACUGGAGACAAUGAAGGAAAACUCCGACUCACAUUCAAAUACCCGGACUUGUUUCCAACACUCAAAUAUGCAACCAAUCCCAAGAUACGCCAGAAGCUAUUUGUGGACAACGAGAACAAGUGCAACCAGAACGUGCCACUUUUCCAAGAGACGGUCCUUCUUCGUGACGAAGCCGCUCGUAUCCUUGGAUACAAGAAUCAUGCCGAGUUCCGUAUUGAGGACAAAAUGGCGAAGACGCCAAAGACGGUCGACGACUUUCUUGGCGACCUUCGAACGCGGCUAGCACCUGGCGGUGUGAGGGAGAUCGAGAGACUCCUUGCUUUGAAGAAGGAGGAUAUUAAAAAAAAGGGCAUCAAAGACGUGGACGAGGAGCGUUACUAUCUUUGGGAUCAUCGCUACUACGACAGACUGUUGCUAGAGCGCGACUAUUCAUUAGAUCAACAAAAAAUAACCGAGUACUUCCCAUUGCAAACUACUAUUCGCGGUAUGCUUCAAAUCUUCGAGGAGCUUUUUGGUCUUGUGUUUGUAGAAAUCAUGGGCGAAGAACGAGACAAGAUUGCCGAGACCGGCAAAGGGUCAGACAUUGUGUGGCAUGAAGACGUUCAACUCUUCAGCGUCUGGGACGAUGAAGGAGAAGGCAGUGGCUUUGUGGGGUAUCUGUACUUGGACUUGUUUCCCCGCGAGGGGAAAUACGGUCACGCUGCCAAUUUCAAUUUACAGCCGGGCUAUAUCGACGAGAGCGGCAAACGACGCUAUCCUGCGACAGCGCUGGUGUGCAAUUUCUCUAAGCCGACACCGAAAAAGCCUAGCUUGUUGAAGCACGAAGAGGUCGUCACACUCUUCCAUGAGCUAGGCCACGGAAUCCACGACCUAGUGUCGAGGACAAUCUACUCACGGUUCCACGGUACGAGCACUGUGAGAGACUUCGUCGAAGCUCCUAGUCAAAUGCUUGAGAACUGGUGCUGGACUCCCUCCCAGCUCAAGUCCCUCAGCCACCAUUAUUCGUACCUGUCUCCAGAAUACCAAGCGGCAUAUGCGGAGAGCUCUGGGGGUGCCAAGAGACCGGAAGAGACUGUUCCUGAUGAGCUCAUCAGCAACCUCAUCAGCACCAAACACAUCAACGAUGCUCUGUUCAACCUCCGACAGCUGCACUUCGGCAUCUUCGACAUGACAGUGCAUGAGCCCGAGAGCCACGAAGACAUCAAGCAACUCAAGCUAUCGGAGACGUACAACAAGCUGCGCAAAGAGAUCUCGAAGCUCGACGGCCCGGAGCUUCUUAACGGCGGCGAUUGGGCGUGGGGUAACGGACAGGCCACUUUCGGCCAUCUCAUCGGUGGAUACGAUGCUGGAUACUACGGGUACCUCAGCUCGCAGGUGUACUCGGCCGACAUGUUCUACACGGUGUUCAAGGCCAACCCGAUGAAUGGCAAAGAGGGCCGCCGGUACAGGCACACGGUGCUCGAGCGUGGCGGGAGCCAGGAAGAGAUGCAGACGCUGGAGGACUUCCUCGGACGCAAGCCGAGCACGGAAGCGUUCUACAAGGAGCUGGGCUUGAGUGGGUAA